GCCGUCAGUACCUCGCGAACCGGGGACAAGCCCACACGCCCCGACCAGCCGCGCAUGCGAAUAUCGAUCGCGCUCGAAAUGGUUCCCGUAUCUAGGUUAUCCGGCUAAAAUUAAAGGUGCGUUCUCGAUUCAAGGUUGCGACGCCGCCGGCGCAACUCCGAAAUAGUCAUUGUGCAUGUUACCUCUUUAGCUUACGGGCGGUAUUCGCAUGGCGGGCAGUUAUGUAACUGUGGAUUGAUUUGGGGUCCGUUCGAUCGAUACCACCGUUGGGAGUGUCUGUGACAACAGUUUAUACCCAGUCGUGCGAAAGAGACGAACGAUCCGUGUAACCAAAACGCCUUAUAUGGAGCGGGACGGGUAUACGACACGUGCUUCGCCACGUAUUAAAACACACAAAAACCGAUUUAGGUAACCGCUUAUUUAGGGUUAGCAAAAAACCUCACUUGUAGACUUAAAGACUUUGGACUUUUCGGUGCUUUUUAAAUAAAAAUGUCCUUCUAGUAUUAUUUGAUAUCGAAUAUCGUUUUACGUGUGUGGACUGACUGUGAUGAAGACUUUGAGAUUGAGAGACGCACAGAGGCCUCGUGUGCUUGUCUGACGAACCGCAAAGGUCGUCACCUGCAUAAUAGGGAGCCAUACGCCUCGGCGGAAAGACGGGUGCGCUACGCACUCGUGAUCUAGAGGGAGGUCGGGCGUGGUGCCGGCGGCGGCCGCAAGCCCGGCACCAUGGCUACCGUGGAAGGGCGGCCGGCGCAGUAUGGCGUCACCCUUCGGCAGCUGCGCGAGCUUAUGGAGACGCGCGGCGCGGAGGGGCUCGCCAAGAUCAACGCGCUCGGCGGGCCGCAGGAGGUGUGCAAGAAGCUUUACACAUCGCCCACAGAUGGUCUUAGCGGUUCGAAAGCCGACAUGCAGCACAGGCGGGAGGUGUUCGGUUCCAACCUGAUCCCUCCCAAGCCGCCGAAGACGUUCCUCACGCUGGUGUGGGAGGCGCUGCAGGACGUCACGCUGAUCAUCCUCGAGGUGGCGGCGGUCGUCUCAUUGGGUCUGAGUUUCUACAAGCCGUCCGAAGACGAGAGUGAUGUUGACAGUAUUGGGCACAUUGAUGAAGAGGAAGGCCAUUACCAGUGGAUCGAGGGUCUAGCCAUCUUAAUAUCUGUUAUAGUUGUCGUCAUAGUUACAGCCUUUAAUGAUUACACGAAAGAACGACAGUUUAGAGGUCUGCAGUCGCGGAUAGAGGGCGAGCACAAGUUCGCGGUGAUCCGCGGCGGCGAGGUGAAGCAGGUCCCCAUCAGCGACAUCGUCGUCGGUGACAUCUGCCAGAUCAAGUACGGCGACCUGCUGCCCGCCGACGGCGUGCUGCUGCAGAGCAACGACCUCAAGAUCGACGAGUCAUCGUUAACGGGCGAAUCGGACCAUGUGAAGAAGGGAGAAUCGUUUGAUCCCAUGGUGCUAUCCGGUACUCACGUUAUGGAAGGCUCAGGCAAGAUGCUAGUAACCGCUGUGGGGGUGAACUCCCAGGCCGGCAUCAUCUUCACCCUGCUCGGGGCGGCCGUGGACAAGCAGGAGAAGGAGAUCAAGCAGAUGAAGAAAGAAGCUAAAAAGCAGCGGAAGGAGACCCAGCGCAAGAGCCUCACAGGUGAAGACGAAGUGGGCGGUAUCAGCGCCGGCGGAGCGAACCACGCGCGCGCGGAGGACAACCACGUGGCGAGCAGCGACAAGCCCGCGCCCGAGGCCUCGCACAAGAAGGAGAAGAGCGUGCUGCAGGCCAAGCUCACCAAGCUGGCCAUACAGAUCGGUUACGCGGGCUCGACGAUCGCCGUGCUGACGGUGAUCAUCCUGAUCAUCCAGUUCUGCGUGCACACGUUCGUGAUAGAGGGCAAGGUGUGGAAGGCGACCUACAUCAACAACCUGGUGAAGCAUCUCAUCAUCGGUGUCACCGUGCUGGUCGUGGCUGUGCCCGAGGGUCUGCCCUUGGCUGUCACCCUGUCGCUUGCCUACUCUGUUAAGAAAAUGAUGAAGGACAACAACCUGGUGCGGCACUUGGACGCGUGCGAGACGAUGGGCAACGCGACCGCCAUCUGCUCCGACAAGACCGGCACGCUCACCACCAACCGCAUGACGGUCGUGCAGUCCUACAUCUGCGAGAAGCUCUGCAAGGUCACGCCCAACUUCCGCGACCUGCCUGCCACAGUCGCCGAAACUAUGGUGGAGGGCAUCAGCGUCAACAGCGCCUUCACCUCGCGCAUCAUGCCGUCCCUGGACCCCGGCGGCCCGUCCAUGCAGGUGGGCAACAAGACGGAGUGCGCGCUGCUGGGGUUCGUGCUGGCGCUGGGGCAGAGCUACGAGGCGGUGCGCGAGCGCCACCCCGAGGAGUCGCUCACGCGCGUCUACACGUUCAACUCCGUGCGCAAGAGCAUGUCCACCGUCGUGCCGCACAACGGCGGCUACCGCCUCUACACCAAGGGCGCCUCCGAGAUCGUGCUCAAGAAAUGCGCGUUCAUCUACGGGCACGAGGGUCGGCUGGAGAAGUUCACGCGCGACAUGCAGGACCGGCUCGUGCGGCAGGUCAUCGAGCCCAUGGCCUGUGACGGGCUCAGGACCAUCUCCGUGGCCUACCGGGACUUCGUGCCCGGCAAGGCUGAGAUCAACCAGGUGCACAUAGACCAAGAGCCUAACUGGGAUGACGAAGACAAUAUUGUUAACAACUUGACUUGCUUAUGUGUUGUGGGUAUUGAAGAUCCUGUCAGACCUGAGGUGCCCGAGGCGAUCCGCAAGUGCCAGAAGGCGGGCAUCACGGUGCGCAUGGUGACGGGCGACAACGUGAACACGGCGCGCUCCAUCGCCGUCAAGUGCGGCAUCCUCAAGCCCAGCGAUGACUUCCUCAUCCUCGAGGGCAAGGAGUUCAACACGCGCAUCCGGGACGCCAACGGGGAGGUCCAGCAGCACCUAAUCGACAAGGUGUGGCCGAAGCUCCGCGUGCUGGCUCGCUCCUCGCCAACCGACAAGUACACGCUCGUCAAGGGAAUGAUCGAGUCCAAAGCGUUCGACACGCGUGAGGUUGUGGCUGUGACUGGGGACGGUACUAACGAUGGACCCGCGCUGAAGAAAGCGGACGUUGGAUUUGCCAUGGGCAUAGCGGGCACGGACGUAGCGAAGGAAGCGUCGGACAUCAUCCUGACGGACGACAACUUCUCGUCCAUCGUGAAGGCGGUGAUGUGGGGCCGCAACGUGUACGACUCCAUCGCCAAGUUCCUGCAGUUCCAGCUCACGGUCAACGUGGUCGCCGUCAUCGUGGCCUUCAUUGGUGCUUGUGCGAUACAGGACAGUCCGCUUAAGGCGGUGCAGAUGCUGUGGGUGAACCUGAUCAUGGACACGCUGGCGUCGCUGGCGCUGGCCACGGAGAUGCCGACGGCCGACCUGCUGCAGCGCAAGCCCUACGGCCGCACCAAGCCGCUCAUCUCGCGCACCAUGAUGAAGAACAUCCUCGGCCAGGCCUUCUACCAGCUCUUCAUCAUCUUCUCGCUGCUCUUUGUCGGUGACCGAAUCCUAAACAUCCCGUCGGGGCGCGGCCAAGAGCUGGGCGCAGAACCCACACAGCACUUCACGAUAAUCUUCAACACGUUCGUGAUGAUGACGCUGUUCAACGAGAUCAACGCGCGCAAGAUCCACGGCCAGCGGAACGUGUUCGAGGGGCUCUUCACCAACCCGAUAUUCUACUCCAUAUGGAUCGGCACCGCGCUGUCGCAGGUGAUAAUAAUCCAGUUCGGCGGCAUGGCGUUCAGCACGGCGGGGCUGUCGGUGGACCAGUGGCUGUGGUGUCUGUUCUUCGGCGCCGGCACGCUGGUGUGGGGGCAGCUCGUCACCACCAUCCCCACGCGCAAGAUACCCAAGAAACUGUCUUGGGGUCGCGGCCAACCGGACCCCGAGUCGAUCCAACCGGGGCCGGACUACGACAGCGACCUGGACAAGAAGCCGCGCGCCGGACAGAUCCUCUGGAUCCGCGGCCUCACGCGCCUGCAGACCCAGGUCAUAGGUGGCGAGUUACAAGAGCGCUUGAUUCCUGUGCCCUACAGCAAGACAUCUACCGAUCAAGCUAUCCGCGUGGUGAACGCGUUCCGGCAGGGGCUGGACUCGCGCGGGUCGCUGGCGGACGCGGCGCUGGCUGAGGCGCUGCGCAAGCAGACGGCGCUCAGCAAGCGCUACUCGCACUCGUCCAGCGUGGAGUACGAGCCGCCGCGCGACGCGCUCGCGCCGCACGACCUGGACGUGGAGCGGCUGUCCAGCCACAGCCACACCGAGACCGCCGUCUAGCCGCCCGCCCCCGCGCCGCCCGCCGAGCCCCCGCGCCCCCGCGCCCCGGCGCCCCCCGCGCCCCCCCGCGCCCCGCGCGCGACUCGUUGUUGACUAGUGUGUUUAAUUCGAUUGUUUUGAAAUAUUUUAUUAUUAUACGCGCGCCGCGACGCGCGCGUCUGUUGAACGAAUAAAAAAUAUUGUAAUAAUUAAUUUUAGAUUUAAGCGCGAGGCCGAGCGAAUGGGCGUGUGUUUUUUGAAAAAAUAAAAUAAAAAUGUUUUCGCGUAGCGUCGUGUCGUCUCGCACGGAAUGAAAUGUUUUAUAUCGCUUUCGUCGCAGACGCGCCGCGGGGCGGCGGGGCGACGGGCGUGGGGCGCGGGGAGCGGGCGGCUCGUCCUUUUGUAUAAAGUCGUUUCAUUUGUAGCCGCAUCGUCGUUUAUAUACGGAUGCCGAGUGAUAUAGCGCCGCCGCGCCCCCGCCGGCGCCCCUGCGCCCCGCGCCCCGCGCCCUAGCCCUGCGCCCCCGCCCCGCGCCCGCACGCGCCGAGCGCUCGCUGUACGGGGGACUCGCCUCGAGUUAUGACUUCGUAUUCGUAUUGUAAACUUUACAAAUAUAACACUAAUUACUCUCUAGGAAAAUCUAAAAAGAUUCGCAAAGCGUAAUCCCUUGUGCGUGCAAAGUGUGGACUUCUGUUUCGCGUUUCGCGCGCAUCGUCCCUUCCCGAGGUCGGCUCGAACGGACGGAACGGUUAGUUCUUAGCGUCGAAUAGAUUAUUGUUAUGAUACAAUUUGAAUAGUGUAUAUAUAAAAAGGGAUAAAUGGUAAUGGAAAGUUAGUGCGUAAUUUAGUAUCUUAAUGAUUAUAGCGUAUGUAAAAAUUAAAUUGUACCUUUUUACAUCGAUUGGAAUUGUUAACUGUAUGCAAUAUUAUUAUUACGCUAAUCGCAAUAAUCGCAGUCGAUCGCGAGACUUUUCGGACCGAGGGCAUUGAACUCGUGCGCCCGACGGUUCGACGGGGUCUCAUGUCCUACGCGAAAGGAACUAUUUGAAUAUCUUCCACCUGUCGGUUCAUAUGUUAUACAUUAUUGUUAAGUCGGUUUUCAAAACUCGGCACACACUACGACGGCUCUGCAAUACACUAACUGACGGCCGUAGUGUGUGUGAUCUUUUAUUGACUAAUAGGUCCGAAUAGGAUCGCGUUUUUUACUCACUAAGAAGGUAAAUCGAAUACACUCCUUAUAAAAUACGUCCCUCGUAUAGCCAGUCGCACGGUACGAUUAACACUAAAUUAUUGAAGUAUUAGUUAAGGUGUUUGUUAUAAAUUUCAAUAACUUUUCUUUUUUGUUUUGACGACCUUUUCCCCUAAAUCUAAGUAUACAUUUAAGUCAUAUCUCGAACGUAGACGCAUCCCGGGUGCGCGCCCAGGCGCCCGCGCCCCUGCGCGCGCACCGACGUAGUCCACUUUAAACAUCUUCAAAAUGUUUAAAUAGAUAAAAUUGUAUAGCUGAAGGUAUUUAUUUGUAAUGCUAGUCUCUUAUGAAAACAUACUAACUAUUCAAUUAUUAUAACGUACUUAUUGAUUAUUGAUAAAUACUUCAAGUUUAUUAAACAAAGUAUAGUCUACGAUGUAACGAAUUGAUUUUGGAAUUUUUUCUCUAUGAGCAAUAGCUAGCCGCGCGGCCCGCGUGUCCCAGCCGUGGGGCUCCGGGCCCCACACGCAAGGGCGCGGGGCCCCGGGGCCAGGGCCGCGCCCGCGCUGAUAGGCGUCGUAGGAUCGCAGUGGCAUUUUCAACUUAUAAAGUAAGGAGAGUUAGUGAGAGUCGAACAGCUCGCUGCCCACUUGUUUUAGUAAUAAAUAAUAUAAAUAAAGUGAAACGAUGUAGCGAAUCGGCAAGUUCAAUUUUGUAUAGAACGUUUCAUAGUAGCGGUAUUGAGAGUUGUUACGUUUUACCGGUGAGGCUGGAGCGCGUCGCCGGCGCGGCCGGGCCCGCUCGAGACACGCGACCAUUUAACUAUUGACGAUCUUGUAAGUAAUCGAGUAUUAGCUUCGGUAAAAGCCUUUUUAAGAGAAGUUAGUUAAAAUGAAUCUAUUGAAAGUUCAUAUGUUUAAAUGGUAAUAUUAGUACGGUUACAGCGCAUAUAGGCCAUGGUAUCGUUUCGUGUAUUAUAUUGCUGUUUCGUUGAUAUUCGUUACGUACCACGUGGUUUCCGAUGAAAGACAUAUGUUAGGGAGUACUGUAAGUAGGCGGUCGCCGCCACCUACCUAACAACCAAUUGUUUUGACAUGACAAUCUGCCACUAAUCAUUUUAGAUAAUAAGUACCAUUGUUGUAUUUUUCGUCUCACAAUAAAUGAAAAUCUAUUUUAUUGUUUUUAA